AUGGCUACGCUUCUUCUUCUCACUCUCCUCUCUCUGACCACUCAUAACAUUUUCUCUCGCAGAGAGUACGUACCAAUUACACUAGUCUCUCCAUGCAUUAAUCUUCAUAUAAGCAUCGACUGUGGAGCUUCGAGAUCCUACGUGGACGCUGACAAUGUAACAUGGCUCGGAGACAAAGGCUUCGUCACUACGGGUGAGUCGUUCCAAAUUCCGGGUAACCUUACAGAGCCGAUCAACAACCUCAGAUACUUCUCUUCCGGUCAAACCAACUGCUACACCAACAUUCCGGCUACGAAAGGCGGGAAAACUCUCGUGAGAACGCUGUUUUACUACGGGAACUACGACAAAAAGUCGUCGCCACCGUCGUUUAACGUUGUUUACGAUGGGAAACACCUUGACAAUGUUGUUACUGAUUCACUGUUUGUCUCGGAGGUGAUAUAUGCUCCGGCGAGUGAGAAUAUCAGCGUUUGCCUUAUCCGUACAUCGCCUUCGGAUGAUCCUUUUAUAUCAUCUAUUGAAGUUUAUAGUUUGGACGCUGGGAUGUAUGAAGAUCUUGGACCUGACGAAGGUCUCAUUCUCCGACAAAGAUAUGCGUAUGGUGCCAAAGAGCUUAUAGGCUACCCUUUAGACCCGUACGGUAGGCUAUGGUUCCAGUCAAGUUCCAACGACCCAACAAUCAGCGAAUUAACGACCUCAGCCCCAUCCAUCGACAAUUCUGGCGCGUCAAACAAGCCGCCCGAGAUUGUAAUGUCAAAGGCUUUGUCAGCAGCCAGCUUAAUUCUAUCAGACGACACACUACCCUUAGCGGGCUUACCGGUUUACUUGGCUCUAUACUUCUCGGAGCCUCAGAGUCUAGGUCGGACUCAAACACGGUCGUUCAACAUUUUCUUAGAUACCAACGAAGUGGGUUCAGGCCCCAUCGUACCGGUGUUCGGGAAAGUGACUCAAGUUGUCGUAAGAGAUGUGGUGGCCACGUCAGUUUCCCAAGUGGUCCUUCAGUCUACAGAUGACUCUACUUUACCUCCUAUUAUCAAUGCUUUGGAGCUAUAUUCGAUAAGUUAUUGCCAAGACGGUGGCGAUAAUGGAGGAGGAGAAAGUGGCAGUGGUGGUGGAGGAGAAAGCGGCGAUAGCAAUGAUAAUUCGAAAGUUAUAGGUUCUGGAGGAACGGAAACACGAACGAACAAUGCAGUGGGAGGUGGGGGAAACAAUGUUAGACGGAAGAAGAAAAACAAAUUACCACUCAUUCUUGGCCUUACGUUCGCCUCCGUGUUUGUGGCUCUCUCGUCAGCGUUUGCGGCUAUUUUCUUAAGAAAACGUACACACGCUAAGCCACAGUCCAACACGCUACCAACCACGUCCCGAGGGCCUGGAAAAGUGACAGGGAUAUCACCUUUAGUUGGACAGCAAUUGGAGAGGGAUGCAAGCCAACCAGGACAUGAUGACCCGGGUAUGUAUGAUAUCGAUGAGCUAAUUGGCGUAAACGAUUCAUAUGUCGUUCAUCAAGAUGAUCAUCAUCAACAUGGACCAGUUUAGUCGCUGACGACCUGGAAUAUAUGAUACUUAAAAGUUUAAAUUUGUCGAUGCUAAAUUGUCACGUGAAUAUCUCUCAAUCCCAAAGAAACA